AUGGAAAUUGUGGGCUGCAGAACAGAAGAAAGUGCCUAUCCCUUCCGACCAGCAGCUAUGCUCUUCCACGGGAUAACCGGGGGACAUAUACAAGGGAUCAUGGAGGAGAUGGAGAGAAGGUCCAAGUCAGCGGACAACCGCCUAGCCAAAACUAUCCAAGUCAAUGGAAGAGAAACUAGAAUGCCACCACUCAGCCCAGAGAAGCCCACUCUAUGUGCAGGAUGUGGAGGAAAAAUUUCUGACAGAUAUUACCUCUUGGCUGUAGACAAGCAAUGGCAUCUACGCUGCCUGAAAUGCUGUGAAUGUAAACUGGCCUUGGAGUCAGAACUGACUUGUUUCGCAAAAGAUGGAAGUAUAUACUGCAAAGAAGAUUAUUACAGAAGGUUUUCGGUGCAGAGGUGUGCUCGUUGCCACCUUGGUAUCUCAGCUUCAGAAAUGGUUAUGAGAGCGAGAGAAUCGGUCUAUCACCUAAGCUGCUUCACGUGCACCACUUGUAACAAGACCCUGAGUACAGGAGAUCAUUUUGGCAUGAAGGAGAACCUAGUGUACUGCCGUGCUCACUUUGAGCUCUUGGUUCAGGGAGAUUUCCACCCACAGCUUAAUUACACUGAGCUCUCUGCCAAAGGAGGUGGGCUGUCUGCGCUUCCAUACUUCACCAAUGGAACAGGGGCAGUGCAAAAGGGGAGGCCCAGGAAGAGGAAGAGCCCGGCCCUUGGAGUAGACAUCAUCAACUAUACUUCAGGUGAGCCUGCUUAA